AAUACAUCAUAGACCAAGCAGAGUUUGGUCAUCACUGGGUCACACCUAUGUUAGUCCAAGUUCAACAUCUAAGCAUGAGAGUGAAACAACUCGCCACGGAGGUGGAACAGAAACAACGACAGUUGGACGAACUUCUUCCUGAUGUCAAGUCAAAUACGAAGUCACCUGUCAAAAACUCCAAGACCACUAGGAAUAAAGACAACUUAAUUGAAUCUGCAAUUGAGUCAGUUGUAGUUAAUGGAGCUUGGACAGUCAUGCAAGAUCAUCUGAUUCAUUAUCCACUCAUUAUGAAGCAUCUUACUAGAGAGCAGAAUUCAGUCUCUGGAAAAGAUGCAGAUUCCUCAAAACCAAACAAUGAGAAGAAUUUACCAAUAACUUCCAGUAAGGGCAGUCAAAAUAACAAAAGAUUAAUGGAGUUAGAAACAAAAGCAGAAUCAAAUGAGAUGGAAGCUGAAGAAGAAAAGAAACGAAGAGCAAAAAUUAAAGAGAUAAUUGAAGGAACUGUUGUUCCAACAGCACAGCUGAAGAAGAAGAAAAAGAAAUUGAAUAUAUAAUUUAUUUGUGGUCCUUUUGCUUCACUUAUACACUUAUACAGAUUAACAUGUAUUUAAAAUGCAUAGUUGUCAUUUAUUUGGCAUAAUAUAAUUUUUUAAAUUAUGCUUGCUCUCUGUCACUGUUGAGUUUGGAAGGCCCCAAACAUGUAUUUAAAAUAUAUAUUUAUGUAAUUUUUUAGGCAUUUUAUAAAAAAUAUAAAUUAU